AUGAUAAAAAAAAUUAUAGAAAAAAGCAUUUUAAGAAAAAGCAUUAAACAAAAUUAUAUACAUUCCAUCAAUAAAAGUUUAAAUCAUUUUUUCAAUAAUAAAGAAAAUAUACAUUAUACAAAGGAGUUAAGAAAAGAAAAUAUAUUAAGUGGUAAUAGAACUAUAUCAACUAAUAUACCUGAGGAAAAGGAAAUAGUAGUUCAUGACAAAUAUAAAGUGCAAAUCUCUUUAUGUAUUGAUAGGUUUCCUUUAAAUUUUGUUCAAGAAGAAUUUGAAAGAGAUUUUGAAAAUUUUAAAGAUGAAUGGCUUUUAAGAACUAAUAAUAAUUUAGAAAUAAGCGAAGAUUUUUUGCAUAUGAAAUAUAAUUUAAACUCCUUUGAUGAAAAGAAAAACUUUGAAGAAAAUAACUUAGACAAUAUCAAUUAUAAAAAAAAAGAAAAAGGAAAAGAAAAUGAAUAUGAAGAUGAAAAUGAGGAAGCAUAUGAAAAAAAAAAUGAAAAGGAAGAUUUGGAAAACCUACUUUCCCUUGAAGGAAUACAAAAUAUUUUUAAAACAAAAGAAAAAAAAAAAAGUGAUGAAGAUAUAAAAGAGAAAAAAAAAAAUGAUGUUGAUAUAAAUGAAUAUGAUUACAAAAAUAUUAAAAGAAAACCAAAUCAUUUUUUAUAUUUAUUAGUUAAAUAUAAAAAAACCAAUAAAUGGAUGUUUCCAUUAAUUGAUUUUAAAAAAAAUUUAACAAUUAGGCAAAAUUUAAAAUAUUUAUGUUCUGAACAUCUAAAAUGUGAAAUUCCAUUUUUCGUUGGUUAUUGCCCAUGUACUUUUGAAAAAAGGAAAUUUAAAACUCCUCUUCUUUUUAAUGAAAUUAUUGGCAGAAAAAUUUUUUAUUAUAGAGCUCAUUACACAGAUAAUGAAAAAAAUUUAAACAUAACACAAAAUGAAUAUAUAAAUGAUUUUGCUUGGUUAUCUCGUUCAGAACUAAAAAAUUUUUUAUCAAAACAUAAAUAUCAUGUAAUAAAAGAUGCAUUGCCUUUAACUUAA